AUGGCCUUGACGAUGAAAACAUUCAUAGCGCUGUGCGGCUGCCUCUCGACGCUCACGCUGGUAGUCCUAUGGGUUCUGCACAACCGCCACCCCAACUUCGACGGCCUCGUCUGGGUUGGCCUGCGGAAAGAGUGGUUCCCCAAACUCCGAACGAGUCUACGCUACAAGCGCGAGGGGCUGCGGAUCGUCGAUGACGGAUAUCGAAAGUUCAGCAAGCAUGGAAAACCAUUCGUCACCCCGCUGUCAACAACCAAGCCAAUGGUGGUGGUGCCGCCGUCUGAUAUCGAGUGGCUAGCGAAACGGCCCAGAUCGGAUGUCUUGCCGCCUCAGAUGGUCCUCCACCCGGAGCUGGUGCACUACUACUUCCCAAAGAUGCCCGUUGGGGAGUUCACGCACAUGCCGACUAUCAACGUCGACCUCAAGAAGAUCACGCCAGAGACUAUCUGGCGACAAGUCAGCGAAAGCGUGCCCGUUAGCUUCGACUCCGGCGUGUCCACUGUCAAGACAUGCGACGACGACGACCACGACGACUGGCAAACCAGGCACAUGUUCGAAAUCUUGGGUGGCAUUGUCGGCCGCGUCUCUGUUGGCCUUUUCCUGUCCAAGAGACUCGCUCGCGAUUCGGCCUUUAUCGAAACCAUCAUCAUGUACGGGUUGACGUUCAACAGCUUCCCGUACCAGCUCCACGACGCCAUUCCCAAGCCCCUCCGGCGUUUCUACGUGCCCUUGAUCGCGGCGCCGUCGCGGUACUACCUGCAUAAGCUCCACAAGUGGCUGCUGCCGCUCAUCCAGCAGCACCUCAAUGGCGAAGAGGCCGACGAGGAUCGAGACACAGUGCUGUACCAUCACGUCAAAUGGGCGCAGAAGUCGGCCGACCCGAAAGACCGGGAUCCCAGGGUCAUCAUAUCACGCUUGGUGCUGAUGAUCGCCGCACUUGCGCUCCCAACCCUCUACCAGAGCCUGAGCGACUCCGUGACCAACCUGACACGGCAGUCCCCGGACGGUGAAGACUGCUUCCAGGCGGUCCUUCGACGGGAAGUAGACGAGCUCCUGGCAGAGGCGUCGGACGAUAUGCCGCCCAAGGGGUACGCUCUGCGCCUCGUCCACAUGAACUCCUUUCUGAAGGAGACCCUGCGCUACCACACGUUCAACGGGUUUGGCCUGGGCCUGAACCGGGAGGUGGUGGCAGAGAAGGGCCUGACGUUGCCAUCCGCCAAGGACGGCCCGAUACUUCCCAAGGGCACUUGGCUGAGCGCGGCGUACGACGCCAUACACCGUGAUCCGGAGAACUACGAGGCGCCGGACGAGUUCAUGCCAUGGCGCUUCCUGUCCCCGAGCGGCGACAGCACGGCCGACGUGACGGAUACAAGCGACACGUGGCUGCCCUUCGGCAGGGGGAGAGAUACGUGUCCCGGCCGGUUCUUUGCCGCGGACUACAUGAGGCUGGUCAUGGUGUAUCUCGUGCAGAACUUCGAGGACGUUUCUCCAUUGGUUUUACUUGUUUUGACCAUCACGGAAGCAUGCGACUUGGAAGAACAACAGCCGACAUGGCUACUUAUCAAGCCCGUAUUUCACGUGGCUGCUCAUGAGCUUUACGGAAUAUGGUGA